UUUGACAAUCGACAAUACUGUGCGUGAAUGCAGGUUCACCAGUCUUGGAUGUUAUGUGAACGUAUGUGAUUGUGAAGAAGGAUUCGUUCCGGUUCACUCGUGGCGGUGUUUUCAUAAACAUAACGAGUCCUUGACGAAAUUCUCGAGUAUACAUGGGAAAUAGUGAACUAUUAUGAAUGGGGACAAAAUUGUUAUAUGCUGAGUUUAUCGUGGUUUAUUUGCUAUCCUUAAUCUCAUGUCCAAGUCCAAAUGUUAUCAGAUUGCUAUGCUCGAAAGAUAGCGCAAAAUUGGUCCGCAAACUGGUGAAUCUGAAAUGGAAUCCGAUAUUGGAGAAACACAAGGUUAAACUACCGCUGGAGUGUCCUUUUCAUCCGCAACGUGAUGUUUUCGGACCUCAACAGGAAGCGAAGAAGCGCAAUCGGCCAAGUCAAUGGAUGUGCCGUUUAUGUGGCAAAAGUUUUUUUGACGAGAAGCAUCUCGAUUUGCACUUCGAUAGCAGGCACAGUACAUUGCUGAACCACGCAGAGGAUGCUGUGUGCUUGGGCGACUUCUGUGACAUAAUGCGUUGUGAUGUUUUCAUAUCACAGCAGGCGAAGAUUGAUGGAAGUGAUGCUUACACGAUAACAGAUGUGGAGCUAUGGCGCGGUUCGAAUGCCUUGCAUGCCUCAAAGUUACACCAAAUCCAACGUACACUCACUAAGACGCUGACUUUGGAAAGACAAAAAAAGAGCACGAAACAAUUAUGGAAGGAUCCCUCGCACCAAAAACGAAACGAUUUACUACCUCGAUUUGGAGACUUUUCCUCAAAUGCUGGAAAAGACUUUAGUGGCGAAACAAAGAGCGAUAGUUGCCGAUUUGGAAAGGGCGACAACGUUAACAGACCAAUGAACUACGACGAGAACACAUUCCGCAUUUCAUCAGGAGGAAAAAAUGAAAGAAAUAAUUUAUUACAAGCGCAAAAGGCAAAAUCGCGAUGCCAGCCGGAUAAACUUUCGAAAUUGAAGAGUAAAUGCGAAACCAUAGUACGUUUUUGUAUACUAGGACUUCUUCUGGAAAUGUCUGAUCAGGCAUUUACAGAACUGGAAGAUGAGAUGAACAAAGCAGUUUGUUGGUAUCUAACAUGCGAUAGAUACUGGGAAGACAACAACGCAGAUUCGCAAUUGUUCCCUUGGGGAUUAAUUCUUGUCUUUACCUUCGUCCUUUCUUUGGGAGUUUGCUUUUGCUACUAUAUUAUCUGGAUCUUGUUUGACUCAGAAGAGGCAAGCGGAGCCUUUUACGGUAUCGCCUCACGGACAUCUGGUCUGAUACAAGAAACAAGCCUUUCUGGAGGUAAGAAAACAGUUGUGGGACGACCUUGUGAUGAUAAAGGCUGCAAUUCGCAAAAUUUCGUGGAAGGAUUCACGAACCAAGAAUCACCUGAAUUCAAUCACAGCGAACAUUACAUUUAUGUUACUUAUCCACCUGAUUUGAAGCGAAGACUUUUGGAACGAUCUGAAUGAGGAUUUAGCUACUCUAAUUCGAAUAAAAAAAAUUCUGAUGCGUACUUGCAGUUAAAU